AUGUCUCUCUUCUCCUUCAAGGCGCUCAAUGUAGAGACAAAGGACUAUAUUAGUCCGAAUAAGGCCUCUCAUCUCAGAGAGCUACAAUUAAAACGUUCUGAUUCUGCACACAGCCCGCUGUCCGAUUCAUCCUAUGCUCAAACUACCAAGUGUUACAAAGAUGAUCGCUCAACAAACGAUAAAAGAGACAGUGCCCACAAGUCUUCGGAUGAUAACUUAAACUUGGAACUUUCCCCUGUAACUCACCGGGAUUCCAUUCGUCCAUCUGCUGAAUUUCUUGAAGUUAAACAUGGAAAAGAGCCAUAUAAACCUGCAAUUCCCUUAUCUCCUGGCAUUGAAGACCUUAUAAAACCGGUUAAAGGGAAAUCUUGGUCCCGAGAAGCUGAGGAGGUCCGUAUUACUAAGCUGUAUCAUCAUUUGCUCCGUUUGACAUCAAAAGCAUCCACUGAUGAUAGAAAUACUAUCCAACUUAUUCUAGAAAAUCUUCUCGAGAGCUACCUUUGGAAGAAAAAUGAUGUGGGCUAA